CAUAUUGCACUCAAAUUUUUGGUCCUACUGCUCAACUGAUUAGACAUUUAAAUAAUUGUGUGCAACGUAAACUUGCUCUUGGAAACGUAGAGAAAAAGCAAAAGACGUUAUCAUUUGAGACCAUUGAAUCUGAUAGUGUAAAUCUUACGACCUUUAAGUAUGACCAUGCAAAAGUGAGAGAAGCUGCUUCGCAUAUGUUACUUUGCCAUGAGUAUCCUUUUAUCCAUAUGGAACAUGUUUUAUUUAACAAGUUCAUGAGGGCUGUCAGUCCAUAUUGGCAAAAGAUUAGUUGAACCACUGCAAAAAAUGAUGGCCUCAUGACUUACAAUUUACAAAAGAAGAAGUUGGUGACGACGUUGAAGUCUGUUAAUAGAAUUAGCAUCACAAUAGACUUAUGGAAGUCGGGACAAAAGAUCCAUUAUAUGGAUGUGACUGGUCAUUUUAUCGAUGAUAAUUGGAAGCUCCAAAAUGUGUACUCAACUUUUGCUAUGUGCCACCUCCACAUUCUGGGGUAGUAAUUGUUGAUGCUCUUUACAAGUGUAUAACUGGUUGGGGCAUCGAAAAUAAGGUGGCUAGCAUAACAGUGAAUAAUGCUUCAUACAAUGAUCUUGCUUUGAAGAACUUGCAAGGGACAUUCAAGUUGUGGAAGAAAAAGUUACUCUUUGACGGUAAGCUUUUUCAUGUGCAUUGUUGUGCGCACAUACUUAAUCUCAUGGUGCAAGAUAGACUUAGUGUAAUUGGGGGAGUUAUUGAAUGUGUCUGGGAAGCGGUGAAGUACUUAGUUGCAUCUGAACCUAGCCUUAUUCAAUUUAGUGAGAUUGCUAAACAGUUGCAAUUGCCUUCGAAAAAACUAAUAUUGGAUUGCCCUACCCGAUGGAAUUCAGCUUAUUUGAUGUUGUCUGCUGCCUUGGAGUUCAAGGAUGUUUUUCCUAGGUACAGUGAAAGGGAUUUAGGUUUUGCCUAUAUGCCUAGCUAUGAAGAAUGGGAGAAAGUUGAGAGGGUGUGUCAAUUUUUGGAGAUUUUUAAUGAUGUCACAAAUAUUAUCUCGGGAAGUGAGUAUCCAACUUCUAAUUUGUUUCUCACCGAGGUUUGGAGGAUAAAAGAAAUCUUGGAUAAAAGUAUAGAGGAUAGUGACGAUUGCGUUCGAUUGAUGGCGAUAAGGAUGAAGUUGAAAUUCGACAAGUAUUGGGGUGAGAGUAAUCUAUUGAUGGGUCUCGGUACAAUAUUGGAUCCAAGAUACAAAAUGGUUCUACCUGGGUUUUGUUUUCCUGUGAUAGACAAUGAUCCUCUUCAAAAGGUUUCUCAGUUGAAGGACAAUCUUUAUGAGCUUUACAAUGAGUAUGUUGUUAUGCACUCCCGAGCAUACAAUGAACUGAUUUCUCAACAAAGCACAUUAACAGGAGCUGGUUCUCUCAAUAGUGCUUUGCUCGGUAGAAAAGUUGUUAUAGGUAGAUCCAAAUACGAGUCUUUCGUUAGGCAGUCUGAUAGCAUUCAACCGGUGAAAGAUUUGGACAUUUACUUGGAAGAAGGUGUCUAUAUAUGUCAGCAAGGCAUGGAUUCCCAAUUUGAUGCAUUGGAGUGGUGGAAAGCAAAUAGUCUCAAGUAGUGUAUACUCUCCAAGAUGGCACGUGAUAUAUUAUCUAUUCCUAUUACCUCAGUGGCUUCGGAGUCCACAUUUAGUGCGGGAAGUAGGGUUAUCGAUCCAUAUCGUGCAUCAUUGGCUAUAGAAACUGUUGAAAUGCUACUUUGUGGGGCUGACUGGGUAUGUGCAUAUCAUGGACUAAAGAAGGAAUUCGAUUUAAGUGAAUCAUCUCACAAGGAGUUCAUUCUACCAUAAUGGAAGGAUGUGGUGUGUCCUUUUAGAAAAUGCAAGUAUGUAGGAACCAGACUAGUUGUUUCAUGACCACAGUAUCGAUAUAUAUGAAUAUAUGGUGGCUGUUUUGCAAGUAACAUGGAAAUGGACAAUCACUUUUGGCGCGUUAUCGACUCAAGACAUUUUGGCAUUGGGGUUUUUUGAUGGAUUGUUCUAUUUUGUGAUGCUAUUGAAUACUGAUAUGUAGUUAUAUGUUUAGAGAUUGGAAGCAAAGACAUUUGGUAUAUAUGAGUA